GUAUCGAAUUGACGACAUAUUUGGAAUCUGCUGGAGCGCAUCUUGCUUGUGUUACCCUCGAGUGAUCGUUGUUUUGGCGUAUUUUUCCCCCUCGCGCACUAAUUCGCGUCUCGCGUUAACCUGGUCCCCCUUCCCAAACAACGUGGAAAGCGUCGAGAAGCGCCCUCUUCUUCGCUGUGUGUAUUGAGCACCGGAAGCUUUGUGACAUUAUCGAGCGUGCGACGUUUUGUUUGUGCGUGUUUCGCUGCUGAUUCUCGAUGUGACAAGGCGACAGAGUCGCACACAAUUGUUGGGUGUUUAAAAAUAGCUACGUCACGGUUCGGCACGGUUCGUGAGCGAGUGGGCCGCUGUUUUCCCCUGUUGUUGCGAGUAAAUCAGUCACAGUGAAAUUCACGACAGCGUUUGGAAAUACGGUGAGCGGCAAAGAAGACUCGAGGCGCGCCGCGUGUUUUUGUUUCGCUGCAAAUAAUUGUUCACAUCGAAAGUGUGUUGUCGAUGAACGCAUAACUCAGUUUUUCCACCGAACAACGAACAAACAAGCGCAACGCAAUAAACGUGAAAUUGGAAAGGAAAAAUAGUAGAAGAAGAAGCAGUUUAAAACAUAACAUAUGAGAGCCGCGUGUUACCACUAAGAAGAAUAGAUGAAAUAUGGGAAAGUAGUAAACGAUAAAUGAUAAAAACCUUCAGAAGCUGUUCAGAAAACGUCCGGUGAUAUACAUAUUUGAAUGAUUUUUAUAACCCUGUUGAUAGGAUUGAUUUCUAAACGGUGAACCUAAAAUGAGUAUUUUGAGUACAUAAGCGUAAUCGAUUGCUUUGCAAACAUUGAAAAUCUAAAGUCAAAGGUGGAGUAAACUGAAGUAUAAAAAUAAAAAUAACAGCAAUAAUCAGUUCAUCAAUUAGUUAGUUCUCGGAGUGCCCUUUUACAGCUCGUGCAGUCAGCGCACUCAGAAAAAAGUGUACAGAAAAGAGAAGAUUCAACGGGAGGAUAAUUGCAUUCAAAUUUUGAAUUUGUACUGUGUGGAAAGAGAGGCUGAUUAAAACGGAAGAAAAAGCGGAAGGUGUAAUUUGGAGAAGUUCAUUCGAGAGCUGUUGUUCAAAAUAGAGAAGGCGAAGGAACACAACAUAAACAAAGGCGCUGUGGGAGUGACGGAAAUCUCAUUAUGGUCAUGGAAAAACACAUCUAGCAACCGCUUAUGUUGGAUUAUUCGCAAUUUUUUUAUUGAUGCAGUGCAAUCUAAAAACUGGAUCUCAACAAACUCGUGCUUAUUCCUAUACAUUUCUCCGUAAAACAUUUCACUUUACACCCGAUACAAUCAAUCAUCAUCCAAAUAGUGAACUAUCUGCCAUCAACAAAGCAAUCCCAAGCCAGUCACGUGUGAGUGAAUUUCAGUGCAGUCCUCAAAACCAAAGCCAAAGAACGGAAUAAAAUCUGUGAUUUUUAUUUAUUUGAGUGUUACAUACCUGUCGUAUGCGUUUUUGUGUGUAUAGCAAUCAGCAAUUUUUGGCGCAUUCUUCGAUUGCCCCCCAAAUAAAGAGAAUACAAAAAAUAAACUCAAGUUCAAAUAAUCAAGUGACGAGCGAAGCCUUGAACAAAGUACUCCGUGGAAUUGACAGCUGAGAAAAAAAGUCCCAGUCAAACGAACAGCGCAGACCAAAAAAAAAAUGUUGAUGCAAGUUUCCCCGGAUGCGGCCGACGCGCUCGCACUAGUCCCCACAUCGACGGCCUCUACCGGCAUGCAACAGAAGGAUACCACCUGGACGAAGCUGUUCGUCGGUGGCCUUCCGUACCACACCACCGACAAAAGCCUGCGGGAGCACUUUUCCGUGUACGGCGACAUCGAGGAGGCCGUCGUGAUAACGGACCGAACGACGAACAAGAGCAGGGGUUAUGGAUUUGUCAUCAUGGGAGACAGAAUGAGUGCGGAACGCGCCUGCAAGGAACCAAACCCUAUCAUCGAUGGCAGGAAAGCAAACGUAAAUCUGGCCAUUCUGGGAGCGAAGCCACGAGGCAACAUCACACCUGGAUUCCCCUUCACAAAUGCGGGCCUUCGAACAGGAUAUCCUGUGCUACCGAGCCAGUUCGGCAAGAUGACUAAACGGCAACAUCCCAAUCAGUCCGGUCUUUCCGAAUAUGGCUACAUGACUUAUCGAAGAGUUCCCCAGUCGUACAUCUAUGGGACGCCAUAUUUGGGAGCAGCGGCCGGACAAACGGGAGCCGCAGCCUCGGGAUUAGUGCAGAUCCCUGCCACGCAACUGUCGCAUGCCGCUGCGAUCGCGGCUGCCACCAAUCAGUUCUAUGAGUAUCAGAACGCUGUUGCAGCCGCAGCUGCCGCCCCCUAUCCUGGCCAAUACAGCGGGUUCGAAGCGUAUCCCUACGCAGCCGCUGCUAGUGCUACAGCUGGAGCUGCCGCAGCGGCCGCCCAAUACAUGGCGUCGCCGUAUACUUACGCGGCGCUACCCCAAGCCGGAGCAGCUGCCGCCGCGGCUGCAGCCGGUGGAUUCCCGGGACUGUCACCGUACCAGAAUGCGGCCGGUGCAGCCGCGUCAGCACUGCAGGAGGCUCGACUUCAAUAAUAUUUACCGAAAGCGUCCUCCACGUUAUCGCUUCUGACACUGCUAGGAGGUGGUGUCGAUAAGAUUUAAGGUUUCGCAACCGCCCCCCCCCCCUCGAACCCUAGCCAGAUUAGUGAUAAAAACCACACGAAAGCGUCAACAAAACAGUAACAUCAGCAACAUAUAGACAGCCAGAGAGCAGCAGCAGCUAGUUUAGCUAGGCAGUUCUUUUUUAUACAGAUAUUAUUAUCUAGUACUUAUGCAAAUAGUAGCUCCUAAGUAAUCAAUUAAUUAUUUACCUAUCGAAAGAUUAUUAUUAUUAAUUAUGAAAUCAUAAAUUAACCUAUUUAUUAUAACUUAGUUUUAUACAGUAAAACCUAUUAUUUACCUAGUAAUAUAAAUGAAGAAAAAAAAACAAAGCUCAACUCUAAGACAUAUGAAUCUUAACAUUUACAUACAUCUCAUUGAUUAUUAUCUUCAACAAACACUUUGUUGUAAAUUAUUCUAUAUUAUACACCAAAAAAAAACAAUGCAAUCAUCAUUGCAAUAAAAAAAACAACUCUUAAACACAUUUUUCCCGGAACCAAGAAUCAAGAAGCAGACACGAUGGAGGCAAGAUAUACAAUCCCUCCCCCUCAAUCAGCGAUGGAGCCACAAACCCUAUCAAAGCGGCACGAUCACUUAAAACCCCGAGAGAUAAAGAAUUAUUAUAUUUUACUGGCAGCAGGCCCGAUCCAGGGCUGAAGAAAGGCGGGGGAAACAACUUUGAUAUUAGAAAAUUUAUUUUAAUUUUAAUUGAUUAGCACACGCCGUGCCGAACUUGGCUGAGGUGAAAUGAAGACCCCUAUUACUUUCAUUACUCUGACUAAAAACUUAGUGAUAUUUAUCGAUUAUAAAGUCUACUAUUAACAAACAAUUAAAACACAAUUUUACACUAAGACAACAGCAAAAAAACAACAAAGGUGUAAUGGGAAAGAGGUCACCUAGAGCAAUUCCACGGCAAAUCAGCCUCAAACACAGCGCAACCAUUUUGACGCGACUCUCUUCGAUUUUAUUGAAACUUGGAACAUGCGAAGGAAACUAUCAAAAAUCACAAUUUUCAUUGUUGUCAUUAAUUAAUUAAUUUAAAUUAGGAGUGAUUUUUUAAAAGGGGAUGUGUUCAAAAUCAUUGGUCUUUUUUUAAAAAAAAACUCAGAUGUCUGAUUAAAAUAUGAUGUUUGACAGCGUUGUUGGAAAAAUAACGAAAAUAAUGAACUAACACAACAUUUUAAACGCACUGUUAAAAAAUCUUACUCAAAAAUUGAGUUUAAUAUCAAUAAUAUUUAUAUCUCAAACACCCCUUCCCCUUUCCUCCUUCGAUUUUUAUUGGAUAUUUUUAUUGGAAAACCCUUUCAAUUUAACAAAGUUUGACGUGCAGUGGUGCCUUUUUGGACUUACCAGAAUAUGAUUUUUUUUAAAUUUAUGAAAUGUCAAUACUUUGUGAAAUCGUAACCGUUGAAAGAAAAGUUACAAAAAAAAAUGAAAUCUACAUGCGAUUCUACAUGAAAAACAAUAUAUAAUUUUUUAUCCUAGGACUAACCGUAAUCGUAAUCGUAAUCGUUGAGAGAAUGCUAACAAAAACACAGAGAGCGAGUGAGCAGUGAGCAUGGAGAGUAGAAUGGCGAACGCGGGAAUAAAAAGGCACACAUCCAAUGAGGAAUGUUUUCGCUGAAUAUUUUAACCAAGGCCCCUAUAAGUAUAUCCUAAGGUGGGCCAACUUGCUAAAAGCACUUUUCAGCUAUCUUGGAAGUCUACUGUGUUUUGUUUGUAAACAAAACACAAUACGAAGUUCGCUCCUGAUCAGUCUGUCUCUUUCACGCUUCAAGCAAAUAAUUCCCCUUCUGCUUUCUUCCGUUUCUGUUUUCAUAUACCGCUCCCCUAACCAACUUAGUGACGAAACGGCCUCACCAAGUACCAUAGACCCGUCUUGGGAUAUACUUCUAGGUGCCUUGAAUUUAACAUGGCGAAAGUUCUCCUUAUGUUUGUUCUUCGUACGAUUGUCGAAAGCUUGUUUUAAAAAUUAUUUAUUAUCUUGCAGCAGGCUUGAAUAUUGCUUAUAUCGUUCCUUCGAUGUCCAGCUGAGCGAUUUUUUUUUAUCUGGUUGCACCUAUCUUGAUUGCCUUGUUCCAUCUUUCUGAUGCGGGUAAAGGCCAACGUGCUUAGACAGUGACUUGGACAGGAAGGGUCUUCGCAUUCGUGUCAAUAGCGUGCAAAAUGCCUGAAUUUGUAGGAUUUUUAUUAUAUUUCUUUUGUAAAUUGAUGAGAAAUUGAUAUAUAUUUCUUCCUAAAAACCUCAAAUUUGAUGUAGAAAUAUGUUUUUUAAACGAUUUUAUAUAUUUUUUCUAUAUAUUCACAAUGGAAAAUAUGAUUUACCAAAGUUUAACUAGUGCAGUCUGACUUGAAAGUCAGCAUCGCAUGCCUUGUUUACAGCGUCCAUCAUUGAAACAUUGAUGGAUGCAUAACACCGUUGCUUCCAAUCUCCAAAAAAGCUCCGAGGUAUCCAGACCUGGAGAAACAAACAAGUAUUAACAUUCUUUAAAGAACAACACAGACAAAUCUUAACGUUACCAUGAGGACCCAAUGCAUAAUUGAGCUUCCGAUCAUAUUCGUACACUUCACAACUUCUUAGUGUUCCAACUUACUCGCUUUUUGACACCUAACAGCAUGCUACCCGAUAUGUUUUUGUUUAAAUUCGAGAAAAACUUUUCGUAAGUUUUAUCAAUAAAAUUUUGUUGUUCCGUACGUAUACCUCUAUAUACUCAAUUAGUACUUCCAAGUCAUAGUCAUAUCGUCAGCAGCGAUUGAUAAACUUGAAUUGUUCAUGUAACUUUAUGUUAAUCAAUUUCCAGGAGUAGUUUCCAUUUGUUCGACAUUUUUGAUGAGCAAAAUUCACACGCUUUCUGAACUAAAACGCGGUAAAAGAAAUGAAUUUAUAGUUAGUUUUUUUUUAUUGAGUUCAAUUCUGUGAGAAAUAAUAACCAGGAAAACGGGUUUGAAUCAACAAAAUUUAUGAAUUUGUUAGAUUUUAUGAACAAAAUGCCGUGAUUCUGCACGCUAUUUUAUCUGUGUGGGCAAUUUUCGCGUACGAUACAAAAAAUCUGGUACACCUGUAGUACAGGGUGGGCCAUUUAAAGUGGAAGGAUUUGUUUUUGCAAUAGCAAAGUAAAGAAGUGGAAUUUUAAAUUUUUUUUUUUGAAAUUCAUUUAUUUUGGUCCAAGGAGAUUUGUUCUAACUACUUUUUGAUUAUGAUAUCUCGUAAAUGACCGCCUCUGGCCUUGACCUCAAAAUGUGCCCUUUUUUCGGCAUUUUCCAUCACUUUGCCCAAUGUUUCGUCCGAUAUGGCAGCAAUUUCUUGUCGGAUAUUGUCUUUCAGCGCAGCCAGGGUCCUUGGUUUACCAGUGUAUACCUUGGAUUUUAAAUAUCCCCAUAAAAAAAAGUCAGGAGGCGUCAAAUCAGGUGAUCUCGGUGGCCAGUCAUAAUCGCCGUCUCGUCUGACCAUGCCGUUCAUUUCGAUGGUCCAUUUCGCAAAAUCAAGUCGACGUGGUAAGUCAGAUGGGUGAAGUUGUUGAGCCAUUUGAAUUUUAUACGGAAACAUUUUCAAAUCAACACGAAUUAUGCGUCGGAGAGUGGUUCGAGCGAUGCCUAACUCUUGCGAACGAUGGCGACCUGAUGUCGAUGGAGUCUCUGCAACACUGGCUCGAACGGCAUCAAUAUUCUCGUCGAAACGUCUUGGUCGUUGUCUGGACAGAUGACUGGCAUUACCAACACUACCAGACGAUAUAAAUUUGGCAUAUAAUCGACGUAUAGUGUUGUCUCCAGGCGAUGUUUUAACUUAAUUUUUAUUUUUACACGCACGUUUAGUUAACACAAUUGAGAAGUUAUUUUGAUUGUACAGCUGAACAAUUUCAGCGCGUUGUUUAGGUAUGUAUUGUUCCAUGGUUAAAAUUGUACUGAAAUGACGCUUCCAAACGCGGUAUGACAUUUGUUAAUCUGACAUCUCUGUCAAAAGUUAUGGGGUUGCCAGAUGCUUCCACUUUAAAUGGCCCACCCUGUAUAUGUCAAAUCACGUUGGGUAGAGGCUACUGUAAAACCGAACAAGCUAAAGCCAACUGCGAUGCGAUGUUUUGGGAAUCCGGGACAUAACAAUUCGGCUGAAAAGUUUAUUAGGUAACACAGUAAAACUAUGUUUUGUUUUGCAAAAUUCAAUUUUAAGGUACUUUCGUAUUAGCGUCACCGGAGCCGAAACACAAUAGAUAGCAAUUACUUAACCGGGCAAACUUAUGCCGUCCUAACUAAAGGAUCGUCUCCUAUGUUUCAAACUAACCGGGCAAUCGAUGGAACACAGGUUUGUUUGCGAACAGAGUGUGUGUCAUUUCUGGUCAAUCGAGAGUAGAUUCAUAUAACAAAAUCAGAGAGUUAUAUCAUACUCUAUUACCAUUAAUCGGUUUCACUCUUAAUUGGUUGCCGUUGAUCGGCACUGCACAGAACAUUGUGAUGUAGGAAAAAAAACCAUUCGAUUGAGCCUUCUACAUACAGUGAAGAAAAAUAUAGGUUUUGGCUAAGUUUCGAUUUCUAGAUUUUUUUAUUUUUCGUCAUUUCCCGGAAAAUGGAAGAUUGGAAAAAAGAUCUUGAACAUUGGGACUGUACUUCAUUCAUUAUGAACAUCAAUUCUUAUUUUGAGUUAAUGUUUAUGAACAUGUAAUUAGAGGAGACGGAACAAACAAGAUAGUGGUUCGACGUCAUUCUACGAUGUCCCGAGCAGUAGUUCAUGGUCGACAUCGACAUGUACACAAAGGAAGACAGCGCAAACAACUGCGAUUUGUACGACAUUAUAUACAGGAGCGGCGUGGGAAAGAAUACUUUCACUUACGAGACGCUAUCAUGAGCAGUGCCGAGACAGCCUUUACUAUAUUGCUAGACCAUAACACAAUGCACAUGACAUUACAGCAUGUGUGUUCGAACAUAAAAUGAAGUCUUUAAUGAGCUUAAUUACAACACGUAUUCGGUCCCACACAUUGCUGUAUGUAUUCGAUUGAAUGGCCAAGAACUACCUUAUACAGUGAAAGAAAUAUGCCCUGAAGAAAUUGAUAGUAUCUAAUACUUUACUAUCUCCUUUUACUAAAAUUUCCUAAUACUUCUAGCAAAACUUGUCAUUAUAAUUUUUAAUUAUAAUUUUCAGACAUAAUUCUCGUUCAAGAUUUAUCAAUCAAUUGCGAAUAACAUGUUUCUCCGUUACAUGAAAUACAUGUUUGAUACAAAAAAUAUAAUUAAAUAUAGCAGUUGUUUCCGGGGUGAUUUUGUCUCAUUCAAUUGAGAUUACCUGCCGCAAUUGCUGGAUUCUUGUUGGCUUUAGCUCCUGGAGCUUAAUUUUCCAAAUUGGCCAGAGAUGCUCGAUCGUAUUAAGGUCCGGAGACUGUGCUGGUCACUUUAUAACCUUGACAUGCUUUCCCUUGAACCACGGCGAAACCGGCUUUGAGGUGUGCUCUGGAUCUCCGUUUUGAUGAAUCGUAUAUCUGCGCCCCAAGCUUUUGUACAGACGCUGGCAGUUUGCGCUUCAAAAUGUCCAAAUAAACUUCCUUGGUCAUGACUCCAUCGAUGAACUCAAGUUCUCCAACGCUAGCAUCACACCAUGACUCUACCUGCAGAAACUUUUCAAACUUUGACCGGUUCGCCGUUCUUGUGACACCAUUAGACCCAAAUAGCAUUACUUUCGUCUCGUCUGACCAAAUCACCUUAUUCCAGUCAUCACUAGUCCAUGAAAUAUGGUCGUGGGCCCACUUCAAUCUUAUUUGAUAUUUUUUGCGGACACCAGGUGCUACUGGUGCUACUCUGCCCUUACGAACUUUCUUAUCAAGACGGUCUCGUACGGAUUGUGAUGUCUAUUAAAUGGAAACCUCGCUUUCAAUCUGUUUCGCAAUUUUCGGAGCUGAUAGUCCCCGGUCCAGCUCCGCCUUCUUCACCAUAGCUCUGCUGUUUUUGAAGGACACCCCGAUCGAGAUAGAACCACGCUUUUUGUGCAUCUGAACAAUCCUAGCGACCGUAUCUUUGAGAAGCUGGACAAUUUUUUUGAUGUUCAAUAAUCAAAUUUCGGAUGCGGAUCGAAAUUUGUGUUUUUUUUUUUGGGCAUUUUGCAACAAAAAAACAUCCAACGCGACUUUAAAACACGAAACGUAUAUUUUGAGCACGAAAACUUCAAGAGCACUAAAUGACAGCUAGACACAAUAUUUACAUUCGAGAAAGAUGCAGAAUACGCACUAAAACUCUGCUGAACACACUUAAAUCAUAGUAUCCGUUUGAAGAUGGAUACACAUUUUUUGCAUAAUUUUUUACCCUUCUUCCCAAGAAAAAUAUAAACGUUAUAUUUUCAAUGGCAAUGUGAUAAAUAAACAUAAAUAUGAAAAUCAUAAAAUUAACCUGAUUUUCACCAGAAAAACAAAAAAAAUAUUGUAAAUUGGUAGGGAGGGUGGAUAACCUUUUUUUUUGCAUAUUGUAUGCUCAAUGGAAUGAAUGUAUUUCCCUAACACGAACUUCAAAACAGGAUGAAUACGAAAACCGCCAUUGCGAAUACAUGUAAGCCGGUCGGAGAGGGGAGAGGUAUGGGUUGGUACUUCUGUUCCCAAUGCAUAUUCGCGAUGACAGAUGUACAAUGUCAACGUCUGGUAGCGACUUUCAAGUUCCGAACCAUUAGUAAGCCAGUUUUAAAAUGUGAAAAUCUCCACUAUAAUUUAAAAUCAUUACCAGACACAGUUCCCGUUUAAUUUUUUUUAUCAAUUAGCAAAAAAGACUGUUAUUCUAUCAUAUAAAAUACAUAUUUCGUACAUAAAACUUAAUUUUCAUUCAUAAUUUUCAUAUUAAAAGACUGUUCAUUCCACAUAAAAAUUUUUACCAUCAUCGCCUCCCUAAUUGGAAGACGAACCGUCAAUGCCGUCAACACGAAUAUGCAUACCGAAAUGAAUGUGCUUUCCUAACACGGACUACAAAAGCGGCUACGAACACAACACUCAUUCAAUCAAUAAUUUUAUCAAUACAAACAAAUGAUUGCUAAGUCAACGGUAGUCCUACGCCAACCUCAUGGUUAUAUCAUAGAUAUAGACCAUCCAUUUUUAAUAUUAAAUUCAAUUUUUGAGUGAGAUUUUUUGACAGUGUAUUUAGAAUUUAAUUUUUCCCAAAUAGUUCAUUAAUUUUCCAACAACCUUGUCCAAUAUCAUAUUUUAAUCAGACAUCUAAAUUUUGAAUUAUGAUUUAUUGAAAGAAAGAACAAUGAUUUUGAAUAGCCCUUUUAAAAAUUCAGCCGUGAUAUAAAUUCAUCAGAUGAUUAUGGAAUAUUGUGAUUUUGGGUAGCCUCCGUCAUAAGUACCAAAUUUCAUUUGGCGUGGAACUGUUCCAUAACCAAAACACUCGAGAAUAGCUGUUCUGUUGACUUUUAGGAAGCGAAAAAAGCUCACAGCAAUUCUAAAAUUUCAGCGAAGCCUAGAGAAGGAAGAAAAAACACUACCCUUAGCUGAGAGCAGAAUAAUACACCAAAACGACACCCCAACCCGUUUUUGUUUCCUCUUAACUUAAUUACUACCCUCAAGUGAGACGAGAGAGAGUGAGCGCAUCGGCGGCAUGAUUAAAAUUAAGCUUUUUUUUGUUUUCUUUAGCGAAACCAAACCAAUAACCAACAAGUUCUUUUUUGUUGAAUAUUUGCUAGCGAAACACGGAGAGAAGAGAUGCGAAACAAGAUGAAUCGAAAUCUAGUCAAAUGUUUUGUGUGUGUGGAUUAUUUAUUUUGUUAAUAGGUCGUAUUUAGUGAAAGGUCCAAACCAAAAUCUCCAAAUACCCGCGCACAGCCCUCCCCACAGUGCAUAUCCCACUUUUUAUCCUUUCAAUUUUAGUUUCUGUAAGCCACGCCCCCACCCUCAACCCUGAUUUCAAUUCGAGAAAAAGAGACUUUUUCAGAGCUGUAUUAAACAAAACAAAAAACGAUGUAAACAACACGUACGUACGCAGAUAGUCCUAACCUCAGAUAGCUAAUUAGCGCGUUAGUAGAAACACUCGGAACUCGAUCAACGCAAUCGGCGAACGACAACAACAACAACAACAGAACAAAAAAAACAUUGUAAGGAAUUAAAAUCUUAUCAAAAAUCGUGCCUUUUUGUGCUGAAUACGCUGAGACAAAGCGUUAUGAAUCCCCGGAUGAGAAUAUGUGCUAAACCCGAACUAGUAGAAGAUGAAAAAAACACAGAAAAAAAACCAGAAAUCCCACGUGUCGCGCACCUCCCGCGUAUUGUGUAGCAUUUUUAUGAAGAAACAAAAAAAACGUGGAAAAAAAGGAAGUUGAUUCAAUAAUUAUAACAAAACCAAAACGAAGCGCACCACCAAAUUGACAAUAUAGAGAUAAAACAAACAAAGAGCAAAAGAGGAAGCAAAUCAAUGCGUAAAAUAUAGCGUAUUCUCAAUUGAUGAAACGAGCACGAGAAAAAGAUGUAUUUUAACGAAACCGUUUUUAGACAUAUAACGAAACACAGGAUUUUUUCGGAAACCCGGCGGGAGCAAAAGCAAACCUAAACAAACAAAUCAGUUAUCUUAAAGUUGUACUGAAAAAGUUCUCUUACAGGUGUAGAAGCGAGACAGAAAUGAAUCCCAUCAGACGCAAAGCAAACGUAAACCGUGUUAACAUGAUAGAGUGAAACCCACACAAUCUCAACUAUAUUAUUUAAACUUAUUUUUGCGGCCGAAAAGCAGCAGCAGCAGCAGCAAUAAGACUAGUAGCCAGAACAACACACAAUAAUCACAUGGCAGCUCAGACAAACAAAACAUAAAAUGGCGCCCAAAAAAACUUGUCCUUUUUUUUCGUUGAAUAUAUUACGCGGUGGUCCGAAGUGUUGUGACACCGCGCGAGUUGCAGCAAUUUUUGGGGCAUGAAAGCCUGAAAGGUCAAAGCAAAAGCAGAGGUGAAGAAACAAACGAAGAAUAGCAAUCCAAUUUUUUAGCGGUUAAGUUUAACAAAAAAAAAAAGAUAAAAAGGAAGGAAACAAAACCUAUUAUUGAACAUGAAGGAAUCUCAUUAUUGCAAUUGAUACUAUUUGAACAUAUGAAGCUGAAAAACUGUUCCGCAAGCGCUUGCGGGGCGGCUAUUUUUAACGUGUAAAAAGUUAUUCAAAGAAAAAGAUGAAAAAACGAAUAUUUGUUUAAGAAAAAAAAAGUAUUUUAUACUUGAAAAACAUAAAAAGGAAAACAACAAAAAAAAGUUAAUUGAAGCGAAAGCGUAGCGAUGAAGUAAUUACAUUGAUGAGAGAAAGAAGGAAUAAUUCUUUACAAUUGAAAAGGAUAAAGGAGAAAAUAUCAAUUACUUUAAUAUUAAAUCAUAUUAUUACAAUUUAACAAUAAUGAAACAAAGAAGAGAAAUGGAGAAAACAAACAUUACUUGAUAACACAACUCAAAUUACCAAGAGGAACCAAAAAGAAAGUAGACACUCACUGACAUACACACACAGAGACGUAAUAGAAGUUAGGCAGAUGUAGUGUGGAUGCGGAGGAAGAUGAAUCAGUGACAAAGGUGGUAAGAAAAAACAAGAAAUAAUUAUUAUACAAGAUUAGAAUCUAUAUAUUUAA